AUGGUCAAUGUUGACUCAAUUGGAAUUCCAAUAAGGGCAAGAGAGGGAGUUGUAGAAAAUAAGGGUAUCAACAAUGGAAAACCUACUUUAAUGGAAAAAGAAGAUUUGGAGGUUGCUCAUCAAAAUGUCUUGGAGAAUACAGUUGAGGUUCAACCUUAUAUAGAAGAACAUUUGCAAUAUCUAAAUAAGGAAAAUCGAACAAAAUCUAGAAAGCAGAUUCAAGAUGAGCAUCAUCGUACCUUUCGACAUUGGUUUCUUGAUAAGAUUCAGAAAGAGUUGACCGAUGAGUUGCAUGAAGUUACCGAAACUUUGAGAUGGCUUUCAUUAGGUUCGACUCAAUUGGCAAUUAAGCACGAUGUGUUUAUAAUUAAUGGUUGUAGGUUCAACACUAAAGCUCGUGAUGAUGUUAGGGUCACCCAAAAUAGUGGUGUAAGUAUUGUAGCUCAAACCUUGCAAGUCUCUAGUGCACGUGACAAGAACCCUAUAUAUGGUGAGAUGAAAUUUUAUGGUGUCAUUCAAGAAAUAUGGGAGCUUGAUUAUCGUGAAUUUAGGAUGCCGAUGUUCAAGUGUGAUUGGGUAGACAGGAAAAAUGGUGUGGAGAAAGAAAAGUUAGGUUUCAUUAAAGUUGAUUUGAAUAAAAUAGGACAUAUAAAAGACUCAUUUGUAAUGGUAAGUCAAGCUAAACAAGUGUUUUAUGUUGAGGAUCCUACUUCAUCAAGAUGGUCAAUAGUGCUUGCUUCACAACCAAGAGAAAAAGUGCAUGAUGACGAUCAACAACAUGACUUUGGUGAAUUACGAGUUUGA